UCCGCCUUAACUUCUUCAGACCUAUAUAGGAAGCGUAAGUUUCCUUCAAACCCACAAUGCUUGUGGUUUGAAGUCGAACACAAUCUCAAUAUUGGGUAGGACUUUGAAGCUUUUGAAAGGCAGUGCGGCAAUUGGCUUAAGUGUUCUAUCAAGACAAUAACUGAGUGCUUCCGUCACAACACAGUUGCUCUCGCAGACAUCAAAACAACAGCCUUCUUUCAGAAAGUGUGAACACAUAUUAUGCUGGGUUCAGACUGUCUGUCAGACUAAGGAGCUGCGAUGCUGAACAGAUUCAAACUGAGCAUCCUUUUGCAGGGCCUGACUCUGUUCCUGUUAGGCCCGACCUGCAAAGCCUCUUCUCUGGGGCUGACAGUCCAUGUUGUGCCCCUGGACAGCGAUGAAGGGAGAACGGUGCGGGCUCAUUUCAUUGCCAUCGCUCCCAGUCCUUGUCCAGCUUUGUCUGGGCUGUGCGCUGAAGGCGAGGACUGUCUGGUCCACACUACCUCGUUACCUUUUAACGGCACCAAACCUGGUUCUGGCUGGUGUGUCCGCCAGUGGCAGAAAACUGUCCCCAGUAAUUACAAUGCCACCAUCAAUUUAGGGUCGAACACAGAAUUUUAUGUAUCUAUGAAUGCAGGACCAAAAAUUCGGGCAAACAGCGGGAAACUCAACCAACCUGCUUUUGUUGGUCUCCCUCCUCCACUAAGGGCUCGUGUGAACUGCCCCCACCACUUCCAUUUGUCGGUGAAAGACCUCGAUGGUGACAGGGUGCGAUGUCGCUUUGCCCGCUCCGACCAGGGAGAGUGUCUCAACUGCACUCAGCACUCUUUUAUAGAGCUGGAUGAGGAGAAAUGCAUGCUGUCAUUCACUGGAAAAGCACCAGCAGGACAGUAUUUCAUCUACCUGAUGGCAGAGGACCUGAUUCCUGUACCCAAAACCAUCCACACAACAGACAAUAACCCUCUCAGCUCUGUGCCUGUACACCUCUCUCUCACUGUGGAGGAGUCUGAUUCCAGCUGCAGUGAGGAACCUCUGGCAACAGGUGGGACCCCCAAAGAGGACUCCACACUGUUUGUCCUGCCAUACCAGCAGGUGAAAUUCGACGUCAACUUUAUGUCACAGCUGGAGAGUGUUUUAGAAGUAGCAGUGGUUGGUCCCCCUGAACUCUUCAGAGUUGGGUUCAAAACAGUCGGCCCGCUGGCACUGAUGACCAUUGCCUGGGUCCGCUCCGAAAACAAACUGGCCCGCCUUUUGCCCAUCUGCUUUGCUGUGAACACCAAGAGUUUGCAGUCAGAGCCCAGAUGUGUGUGGCUGUACCAAAGGGAAAUGAGAACACUACCUGCUGGAACAGAGCUUAAGUGUGAAAAGACAGAGAUGACUCUGGUGCUUCCUGUCACCUCCCUGUCCAACAUCAACCUGGCCGAACUGCAGCUCAACAGCCCCACCUGUCCUGUCACCUACAACAGCACAUACCUGACUGCACGCAUCUCUUUGAAUGGCUGCGGCACCAAGACUGUGCACUCUGGUUCCGAGCUGGUUUACACCAACACCUUGCAAAGUGUGCGUCCCUACACUAUGGUCAGCCGCAAGCCCUCCCUCGUCCUCCCCCUGGCCUGCCGUAUCCCUGGUGUCCAGGCCAAAGGGCCGCAGUACAAGAUCGGCAUGCCCACAGAGACUGAGACCUUCGGUAAUGUCCGGUAUUGGAUAGAACUUCACUUUCCAGGAGAGGGGCCCCUGUCAAAUUUCACGCGCAUCCCCAGGUUACGCAGCCUCCGAAUGUCACCAAUCCGAGUGCGCCGAGAAGCAGAAUCUUCAACGAUAGGCACUAACAGCACCUCCACCAGCACUUCUACCGGCAAUGCCAUCGGGUCCAAGGUCACCCAGCUGGAUCUCCAUGUGUUGUCCAACUGCAGCAUUGAUCGAGCCGAGAUGAUAGUGAGCAACUGUCUUGAGUCAGAGACAGAGGACUUUGCAGAAUCCAAACCUAUUCUGGAGCAAGGGUGUACAAGCUCCAACAGCACAUUAGAAGUUAUAACAUCAAAAAGCAAUUCCAAGGUUUACCGCCUUGAUUUAAGCAACGUGGAGAGCAAAGGAUCAACGAUGUAUAUCCGGUGCACAGUCAAUCUGUGCAUCUCCACCUUGCCCUCUCUGAAGUGCCCAGAUGUGUGUACCCGCUCCAUUAAUCAGAGAGCGGUGAUAGGCAGUGUGUUUACCAAAACCUACACUAUCACCUCAGGACCUGUUAGCCUUGUGGUCACAACUGCUGCACCAACCACAACAACAGUCGCCACUACUACUACACCUACUACAACAACAACAACAACAACAACAACUACUACUACCACUACCACAGCUGCACACACCACCACCCCCUCACAUGCUCCACAACAGGCCUCAGCCAUUGCAGGAGUGAUUUUGACAACUAUCUGCAUAUUUCUUCAAAAGAUCUUCCUUUACUGAACAUGCUACUGGACGAUGAUCCGUCGGACCAGGGAGCAUUACAUUUGCCAGUUUGCGACGUUUGAAGAUCUUCCCCCUCACUUUCUUUCAUCUCUCUAUGUAUUUGCUGUUUUAGCAAAUAAAUGUAAAUGUGUGUUUGAAAAUACUUAUAUAAUAUAAUAUAAUAUACUAUGAGAAUAUUUUUACUUAUACAAAAAAUAAAUCUUGAUGAGAGCACCAGACAUUUUUUUUUUAUUUUGCACUAUUUUGUGUACUAGGUAGAUUAAAUUGUUGGGCACAUACAAGCAGCAUUUUGUCUGCAUAAUAUAUUGGGGGGAAAUAAAAAAGGCUAAAUAAUUAAAUCCAGUCAAAGAUAACCAGAGAAUAUAUUGUUGGAUGUUCAAAACUAUUGAGCAGAGGAUACACUCACCUAAGGUGUGGAUAUGUGUAUUUGAAAAUCUACCAACAUUUAAGAUAAUUCAAAUAUUUAAUCACACAAAAGUCUAAUUUAUGCAUUUUGUCUUAGACCUAAAAUCCUGUUUGAGACAGUGACAGUUUGAGACUGUGCCCACGGUUGUGUGAUGUAUAAAUAUAAAAAUAAAUGUCUGUAAUAAAUUGUUGGUAUAACCUGAAUAUAUUAUUAAACAAUUAUGCAAUCUGA